CGCACUUACAGUGUUUGAUUAAAUCCCAGAAAGAAAAUAUGUCGAAGGAAGCAGAAGAAGCUUCUUCUCGGAAGGAGAUUGAUUUUAUAGCCUUGUGAAAGCUGAAGAUGGCAUGGAAUGUGAAGCGGAGAGGAAGCUAGAAGUGGAAGUAGAUGAUGAUGCAAUGGAAGAACCAGAGCAAGGGGAAGAGGUCGAUGAUGAGGAGUCGGUUGAAGCAAUGGAUUUCUACCGUGCACCCCAAGAGCAUGAUGCAUUGGUUAGUUUAGCUUCUAAGAAUCUUGUUGGAUCUGUGGAAUUAGCACAAGCUCACCUCAUUUCAUAUAUGCAACAGCUUCAUGUUGACCUCUCUUCGGGGGAAUUUCUUGCAGCAUCUAGGAUUGAUAUAGAGGCUAACCCUGGCAAUUCCUCGCAUUAUGGUGCUGGGAAUGAUCUUAAGAGGGACAUUAGGCAUCUUGAUGAUGGGCGAUCUUUUGGAAGGGUAUAGAAGGGCUUUGAAGGAGACACAUAGAGCAUUUUCUGAAUACAUAGCAAAAUUUCCAUCGCAUGAAGAACCACUCUACAAGGAUGCUGGGUCUUUCUUCCAUUUCGGUUUGGCUAAAGGAAAAUUGAAACCAGAAGAAGAUAGAGAAGCAGGCAGAAGGAAAAUGGAGAAGGGAAUAGUCUUUUGGAGGAAAAGCAAAUAAAUAUGUACAACAAUCCCAUUCAAAAUGACAGAGAAAAUGGGGGAAAUGAUUUUUUUUUUCCUGCCCAUUCCAUGUCAGCCUUUCUGUCGGCCCAGUCAGAAUUUCCGUUUGCCACGUCAUCAAAAAUCUGACGCCAUUAACGGAGUCUGACGGAAGUUAACGUCCAGUGGUUACGGUGAAAUGUUUCUUAAAGUGAGUGACCAAUAAGCAAGGUUUGUAAUUCGGGUGGCAAACGUGAAAUGUUUAUGUAAUUUGGGUGACCAAUCGUGUAAUUCACCCUUAGAUUGACAGUACUAAUUAAAGUUCAAAAUUUGAUGUAUUAUGGACGCUUUUAGAAUGCACAAAAAAAAGCUGAAUUGCUAUUUGUCGCCCUAAAAUUUAAAUAUUUUCGCCCUAAACUGUAUGAAAAUGACGUUGAUGCCCCUAUCCCAAAUUCAAACCCUAAUCUCUAAACAAACACAAUUUCACCCAAUCUCACCCCGUCGUCCCGUCCACCAGUCGGAUCACGACAGUCGCUGCCGUUUCCCCAACCCACCAUGACUCCGAUUCCCCCAAACGCCAUCGUUGCGUUUCCCCGAGCCGGAUUCUGGCCGUCGUGGCCAUUCCCCCGCACGCAGUCGCUGCCAUUAUCCCAUUCUCUGCCGACCCGCUGCUAUUGUUAAUGAAGGAGCACGAUGAGGAAGAAUAAGGAAGAAGAACCUUGCCGCUUAAAAUCCAACCACCGUAGUUGAGUUUUUUUGUUUUUUUUUUUUCCAUAAUCCCAAUCAAAUUUCAAUUUUCUUAUUGUAUUUGUUUUUUUUUCGUUGAACUUAUUUUAUAUUCUACUUGUAAUUGAUUUUUUGAAUAUUUUAUUUAUUUGGUAUAUUUUUAAGUUAAAAAAAAACUAAACAAAGGGCAUCAUAGUCAUUUUAAUAAAAAUUAGGGCGACGAAUAAGCUAUUUUAGGGCGACGAAUAGCAAUGCCCAAAAAAAGUGGGUGCGCUGAAGUAGCCACCAUAUAUAUAUAUAUAUAAUUGUAAAUAAAUAUAUAUAUAUUUACAAUUACAUACCCGCAAUCCGCAAUGUACUUAUUUUUUUACUAGAAAAUCUAACUCAAUAAUGUGUCUCGUUAGCUCAACGCUGGACCACAUUAUCUUGUCUAUUAGGAUUUAGGACUAUGACUCGCCUUUAAACGAUGAUUUUAGUGAUUCUUUAGAUUCGCUUGGUUUUACAAAACAAAGGGGAAAACGUUAAAAGCUAAGGCUGAAAGGACUGGAAUGUAAAAGAUAGUAAAAUGAAGACUGAUUUGUAGU